CAUUCAAGCGCCAGUUGUUUGGUUCUUCUUCGUCGUGGCGGUGGCGGGAAGGAGCUACCCAGUGGGCAAGGUUCGUCUGGAGCUGAAGCAUGGAUGUCGAAAUGAAAGAAACUGAAGAACAACCUCAAGCAGACACAGAUUCAAAGAAAGAGGAGGCUCCAGGAAAGGUGUCAGGCACUGCAUAUGAGUUACCAUGGGUGGAAAAAUACAGACCCUUGAAGUUGAAUGAAAUAGUCGGGAAUGAAGACACUGUCAGCAGAUUGGAGGUGUUUGCCAGAGAAGGAAAUGUACCCAACAUCAUCAUAGCAGGUCCCCCUGGUACCGGAAAGACCACCAGUAUUCUUUGUUUAGCGCGAGCUCUUCUUGGUCCCGCAAUGAAAGACGCAGUGCUGGAACUCAAUGCUUCCAACGACCGAGGAAUUGACGUUGUCAGAAACAAGAUCAAAAUGUUUGCCCAGCAGAAAGUGACUCUGCCAAAAGGCCGACACAAGAUCAUCAUUCUGGAUGAAGCUGACAGCAUGACGGACGGAGCCCAGCAGGCCCUGAGGAGGACGAUGGAGAUCUACUCCAAGACCACGCGCUUUGCUCUGGCCUGCAACGCCUCCGAUAAGAUCAUAGAACCCAUCCAGUCGCGCUGCGCGGUCCUACGCUACACCAAGCUGAGGGACGAGCAGAUCAUGAUGCGGCUGAUGGAGGUGGUGGAGAAGGAGGGCGUGGCCACCACCAGCGACGGCCUGGAGGCCAUCAUCUUCACCGCCCAGGGGGACAUGCGGCAGGCCCUGAACAACUUGCAGUCCACAAAUUCUGGAUUUGGAUUUGUCAACAGUGAGAAUGUGUUCAAGGUGUGUGAUGAACCCCAUCCUCUGCUGGUGAAAAGCAUGCUGGAACAUUGUGUAAAUGGCAACAUUGAUGAGGCCUACAAGGUCAUCGAGCAGCUGUGGUUGCUGGGUUACUCCCCCGAAGACAUCAUCGGUAACAUCUUCAGAGUUUGCAAGACCUUCCAGAUGCCGGAGUACCUGAAACUGGAGUUUAUCAAGGAGAUUGGCUACACUCACAUGAAGGUGGCGGAGGGGGUCAACUCACUACUGCAGAUGGCUGGGCUGCUGGGCAGACUCUGUGCCAAGACAGUAGCUCCUGAGGCUAGCUAAGCCCCGCCCACAUCGGAACCUCCCAUUGGUUCCUCGAUCCUGUCGCUUCCCUUCAAUUCCCCUUCUGGCUCCUCCCCUCAUCACACCACAUAUUUCUUGAUCUUACCUCAUGUGAGAGUGCCGAGUCAACUUUACAGCAGUGCCAUCUAGUGGCCACUGCUGAUUCCACUAUAGUGACAAGGGACUGCAGUUGUGAAGGGGACUGCAGCAUGCAAAAACUGCUGUUGGAGUUUGCAAACAAGGGUCUGUUUUAUAGAGCAGUGGUUCCCAAACCUGUUGUCGGGUGCCCCAGCCAGAUCCAGGUAUUUGAUGUGCUCCACCUUGAGCACACCUGAUGUUUUGUGAUAGAACUUACAAUGCUUACAUUUUUCAUGAAACGAUAAUAAACAUUGAAUUUUUCACAAAAGGCAA